CCUCCGUCUGUUCUCUUGUAAGUUACUAUGGCUCGCCGUACGCCAGUACCACCCUCCUAUCUCACCCAAGCUGGGCAAGGAUUGUUUGCGCCUCCUCCAGAAGAUGAAUCUGCCUGGAGCCACUUCCUUCGAACACAAGUUUAUGCCCCAGAGUUCUCUCAAGGAAACCUGAACAUCGUGAUCAGUAUCGGCUUGUUUGCAGCUUCCAUAGCGGCAGUGCGGACGUUUGGGGAGGCCUUCGCCCCCGCAUGAAAAAAAAGGGAAAACGAUCCUACUAGCCAUUCGUUAUUCCUCACUGGCAGAGCCCUUUCCGUCCUCGCUUUUGGUAUCCCGACAAGUGGCCCGAAAGUUUAUCUCUACGCCUAUUGUCCAUA